GUUUCUGGCCGUCGCCGCCGAGGACCUCAGCUCCCCGGCCGGGGCCGCCGCCUUUGCCGCCAAGAUGCCCCGGUGCCGGGGGGCGGCGCUGGCGCGGGAGGAGAUCUUGGAAGGAGACCAGGCCAUCCUGCAGAGGAUAAAGAAGGCUGUGCGUGUCAUUCACAGCUCCGGCCUUGGCCAUGUGGAGAACGAGGAGCAGUACCGAGAGGCCGUGGAGUCCUUAGGCAACAGCCACCUGUCUCAAAAUAGCCACGAGCUGUCCACUGGCUUCCUGAACUUGGCCGUGUUCACCCGCGAGGUGGCUGCGCUCUUCAAGAACCUGGUUCAGAACCUGAACAACAUCGUUUCUUUCCCCCUGGACAGUCUCUUGAAAGGGCAGCUGAGGGAUGGACGACAGGAUUCCAAAAAGCAGCUGGAGAAGGCGUGGAAGGACUACGAAGCCAAAAUGGCCAGGCUGGAGAAGGACAGGGACCGCGCCCGGGUGACAAGCGGGAGUCUGGGAGAGGUGGCCCAGGACACGCAGAGAGAGCGACGCGUCUUCCAGCUGCACAUGUGUGAGUAUCUGCUCAAAGCCGGGGAGAGCCAGAUGAAACAGGGUCCUGAUUUCCUGCAGAGCCUCAUCAAGUUCUUCCAUGCUCAGCACAAUUUUUUUCAAGAUGGCUGGAAGGCCGCCCAGAGCCUGUCCCCCUUCAUCGAGAAGCUGGCAGCCUCAGUACAUGCAUUGCGUCAAGCGCAGGAGGAGGAGUUACAGAAGCUGACCCAGCUCCGGGACUCCCUGCGGGGGACACUGCAGCUGGAGAGCAGAGAGGAGACUGUGAACCGGAAGAAUUCAGGUGGUGGCUACAGCAUCCACCAGCACCAAGGCAACAAGCAGUUUGGGACCGAGAAGGUGGGCUUUCUGUACAAGAAGAGCGACGGAAUCCGAAGAGUGUGGCAGAAAAGGAAGUGUGGCAUCAAGUAUGGCUGCCUGACCAUCUCACACAGCAUGAUAAACCGGCCCCCAGUGAAGCUCACCCUACUCACGUGCCAAGUGAGGCCGAACCCCGAGGAGAAAAAGUGCUUCGACCUGGUGACCCACAACAGGACAUACCACUUCCAGGCAGAGGAUGAGCAUGAGUGUGAGGCGUGGGUGUCAGUGCUGCAGAACAGCAAGGACGAAGCCUUGAGCAGCGCCUUCCUCGGGGAGCCCAGCGGCACCCCGGGGCCACCGGGGCUGGACAGGGAACCCCAAGACCUCACAAAGCUGCUCAUCGCUGAGGUGAAGAGCAGGCCCGGGAAUGGCCAGUGCUGCGACUGCGGGGCUGCAGACCCCACGUGGCUCAGCACCAACCUGGGCGUGCUCACCUGCAUCCAGUGCUCGGGCGUCCACCGGGAGCUGGGUGUGCGCUUCUCACGCAUGCAGUCCCUCACCUUGGACCUGCUGGGCCCCUCUGAGUUGUUGCUUGCCUUGAACAUCGGAAACACGCGCUUCAAUGAGGUCAUGGAAGCCCAGCUGCCUUCACACGGUGGCCCUAAACCCUCAGCUGAGAGUGACAUGAGUGCCCGCAGGGACUACAUCGUAGCCAAGUACAUGGAGCACAGGUUUGCCCGGCGCUCCACACCGGAACCCCAGAGACUCCGGACAGCCAUUUGCAACCGGGACCUUCUAUCAGUCCUGGAGGCCUUCGCUAAUGGGCAGGACUUCGGGCAGCCGCUGCCUGGGCCGGAGGGGCAGGUCCCUGGAGAGCCCGCCCUGCACCUGGCCGUCAGAGUCGCCAACCAGGCCUCCCUGCCCCUGGUGGACUUCCUCAUCCAGAAUGGGGGCCACCUAGACGCCAAGGCUGCUGACGGGAACAGCGCUCUGCACUGCGCUGCUCUCCACAACCAGCCCGACUGCCUCAAGCUGCUGCUGAAAGGGAGAGCUUCAGUCAGCACAGUAAAUGAUGCAGGAGAGACAGCUCUGGACAUCGCCAGGAAGAAGCAGCAUAAGGAAUGCGAGGAGCUGCUGGAGCAGGCUCAGGCUGGGACCAUGGCAUUCCCCCUGCACCUGGACUACCCCUGGGGACUCUCCACAGACCCUGGCUCUGACAGUGAGGAGGACGAGGACGAGAAGCGCUGCUCUCUGAAGCCCGCAGCCCAGGCCCGCUGGACUGGUGGGAGAGUGGACAUCAGCAAUAAGACGUAUGAGACCAUUGCCAGCUUGGGAUCAGCUGCCCCUCAGAGUCAGAGUGAAGACUGCCCCCCGCCCUUGCCCGUCAAGAACCCGACUCGGACUGCAGGCCACGUGCGCGUGGGACAUGCCAGUGGAGAUCGCUCUGAAGUCCCCAGUCUGACCUCGGAGUCCCCUGGGGCCCCCGAAAGCCUGAGCAGUCUAGCCUCCUCCUCCUCCUCCAGCCUCACAAGCCCUGUGGAACCUGGGGGUCCUGGCCAAACCCUGCCCAGCUCUGAAGAGGGUCUCUUGGAGCCCCCAGGCCCCUCCCGACCCAGCCUGACAUCUGGAGCCACCCCUGCAGAAAUGUAUCCGCCAGUCCGGUUCAGCUCUGAGAGCACUCGCUCCUACCGGCGGGGAGGCCGGGGCCUGGAAGACUGUCCGUCAGCAAGGCAGCCUCUGCCCAAAAGGAACAUUCCGGCUGGCUUCGCUGAGGGAGAUGGUUCGAGGACUGGGGUUCUCCCAGCAAGUUCUGUGCCACUUUUACAAGACUAGCUCCUUGCUGACCCUUCGUGCAUGAACCUCCUCCAUGCUGCACCCCAACAUUCAGAGCUAGGGGGACCUGAUGUGUUCAUUCUCUUGGGUCUUGUUCUCUCUGACCCUGUACCUCUGUGGCUGACCCUCUCCCUGCCAUGGACCCACGCCCCGAUCGAGGACACUGGCCUUCCACAGUAGGGCUGACGGCAGUUUCUUUCCUCUCUAUUUCGUUGACCACCUCCCACCCCGCCCCCUGCCAGGGACCAGGGUGCUGAGUGUCUGCGCUCACUUUAGCUGCAGAACCCUCAAUCCCUUGGCAGGGCAAGUCUGUGCUUCUUCUUCUGUCAGCCUGCAGGCUCCACAAGUGUAAGAGCAGCCUGCCUUGUGCUUUCACCAGAACCGGGCUUCUGCCAGACGGGGCACUGUCUUCGUGGCCAUGUCUUUAUUCACUCAUGUUCCUUUACUGACUUCCAACUCUCUUCAGAUCUGUGCUAGGAUAAGAUGCCAGAAUAAAAACAAGCUGUCCCUUGCCGGGAAGGGUCUCAAGAGUUAGGCUUGGGAAUGGGCAGGGCCAGCUUCUCUCGACAGUUCCGUGGUUCCGGGGCAGACUGACAGGUGGCUCACACCCGGCUGACACUGCACUUGUUGGCCUAUACCCGAUUUGGCCGGCAGUGUGCAUGCUGUGCAGUCUGAGUGUGGCUCCUUUUGAGGGACAGUCCAGCCUGCCUGGAGCCCUGCUAUGCCCCCCAGGCAGGAAGCAGAGUAGGACUGGCCCUGACUGCCUGCCUCCUUGAUUAAGCAGGAAGGAAAGGAACAGACAGGGCUAAUUGAUCCUCAUUUCUCUCCCUUUCAUUCAACUCUGAAGCUUUCUAGCCUCAGGGAGGGAAGGGAAAAGGGGAGUGAUAGCAACAGGAGGGCCAAGAUUGAGUGGUGCAGCUUCCACAAACCCCACAACCCCACCACACUUCAGCCCCAUGUUAGCGCCCUCCCCAGACUCCAGGCGGGGGCCUGGUUGGGAUGGGCCCAGAGCGGCAGCCUGGCCUGGAGGCUGAUGCUUGUCCUGGAGUCCGGACUGGCUGUGAUCUCACAGGAGCAGGAGUGUCUCCUGAGCCUGUGUCUGCUUUUGUUCAUCUCAGACUUGUUAUUUCACUCAUCUCUUAUAAUAAAGGAAUUUUUUUUUUUUUUUGAGUGAAUUCCAGUGGUUUCAUUCAGGUGAUCUGAAGUGCACUAGGCCAGGGGAAGAGACCUUAGGGCUUGAAAUUCUUUCUCUGCAUCUAAUGAGGGAGACCACUGGGUACAGAGCAGAGGUUUGAGCCUGGGGCCAUCCUGCCCCAGAGGACAUGGCCUCAGAGACCUUCUCCCUCGUCCCCAGCGGGGGUGUGCGGCUGACACCUAGUGGCUGGAGUUUAGAGGUGCUGCUGAGCGGCCUGGCCCCAGAUCCCCUCCACAGCCAGGUCAGAGCCAAGGAAUCCUGGUGUGGAAGACGAGCCCUGGACUAGGAGUCUGCCACUCCCCCAUCUCGGUUUCGUUUUCUUUUAGACAAAGAUUUGUUGCCAAGUAGUUUAAUAUGAAGUGAUUCCAGGAAGCAUCUGAGGGAAUAGGAAAGUGAAACAGUCAAAAAGCAAUAAAGGGUUAUCUGUGCAAACA